AAGCAAUUGCAGCUGGUCUCGAGUUUCACCGGCGCUACCGAAAUGUACUCUCGUCGUCGCAUGGGAGUUGCUGUUCUGUUGUUGACGAUGAUCAGCUGGGGAAUGAUGAUGAUGAGUUGCAGAGCUGAUGAGGUGGACACGACUUUAGGGUUCACAGACCUACCAUUCAACACUUCCUACUACCACCUCCACAAGCCAUACGACCUGCCGGAGACCCAACGCUACAGCUUCGCCGGCGGAGUCCACCGGCUCUGGGCGUUCGUGCCCAACGGAACCAACGGCGCGUGCAUCUUGCAGGUGUUCGGAGGUAGCGGCGAGGUGGGACACCGGACGACGCUGAUGCUGAGAGUGUACAACGGUUCGCUGACGUACUACAGAUCGCCGGUGCUGGUUCCGAGCAUCUUCGACCGGUGGUUUCGGGUGAACGUGAUCCACCACGUGGCGGCGGCGCUGCUGGAAGUGUACGUCGACGGGGUGCUCCUCUACCAGGCGCCUGGCCGCGGCGGGACGACGCAUUUCUUCAAGCUUGGGGUUUACGGGCAGGACGACAUGUCGUAUUACAUGGAGGCUCGAUGGAAGGACGUCCGCAUUCUCUGGGGAUCGUCAGUCAACGGCGUGGUGGACGUUCUGGAUCCAACCUGUGGAUUCACGGAGCUGCCGUUCAACACCUCUCAUUACAGCAUUCACAAGCCGUUCGACCUGCCGGUAGCUCAACGGAUGUUACAGCUCUACAACGGCAGCACCACCCACCCAAGAUCAGAGAUCAAGAUAGGUUAUACGUACAGUUCGGGUAUCUGGCAGUUCGAGGGGCAGGGCUACGUGCCCAAGGGCACGAACGGGGUAUGCAUAAUGCAAGUGUUCGGAGCUAGUAGACGUGCAACGAGCUUGAUGCUCAGAGUGUACAAUGGCUCCUUGAUGUACUACCAAAGGGCGGUGAUCGUGCCGGAGAUUUUUGACAGGUGGUUCCGACUGAACGUGAUCCACGACGUGGAGGCGGCGGCGUUGGAAGUGUACGUCGACGGGGUUCUGCUCCUCGUUGUGGCGGAUCAUGGAGGGAAGUCUCAUUACUUCAAGUUUGGAGUUUACGGGCAGAACAAUAUGUCGGAUUGUAUGGAGUCUCGCUGGAAGGGGAUUCGAGUUCUGUACAAAAAUGUGACUUGA